GCGGAAACGCGGUUUGCCUAGUUAUGCGAAAACAUGGCUGCGGCAGGUUUGGCCCUUCUUUAUAGGCGAGUCUCAGCUGCCCUGAAAGCUUCCAGGUCGUUGAUAACUCCUCAGGUCCCUGCCUGCACAGGGUUUUUUCUUGGUUUGUUGCCUAAGAGUCCACCAAAUGUGACAUCCUUUCACCAAUAUAGAUUACUUCAUACCACUUUGUCAAGGAAAGGACUAGAAGAAUUUUUUGAUGACCCAAAAAACUGGGGGCAAGAAAAAGUAAAAUCUGGAGCAGCAUGGACCUGUCAGCAACUAAGGAACAAAAGUAAUGAAGAUUUACACAAACUUUGGUAUGUCUUACUGAAAGAAAGAAACAUGCUUUUAACCCUAGAGCAGGAGGCCAAGCGACAGAGAUUGCCAAUGCCAAGUCCAGAGCGGUUAGAUAAGGUAGUAGAUUCCAUGGAUGCAUUAGAUAAAGUUGUCCAGGAAAGAGAAGAUGCCCUAAGGCUUCUUCAGACUGGUCAAGAAAGAGCUAGACCUGGUGCUUGGAGAAGAGACAUCUUUGGAAGAAUCAUCUGGCACAAGUUCAAGCAGUGGGUUAUACCUUGGCACCUAAAUAAAAGAUACAAUAGGAAACGAUUCUUUGCCAUGCCUUAUGUGGACCAUUUUCUCAGACUGGAACGUGAGAAACGAGCCCGCAUCAAAGCACGGAAGGAAAAUUUAGAGAGAAAGAAAGCAAAAAUUCUUCUAAAAAAGUUUCCACAUCUUGCUGAAGCCCAGAAGUCAAGUCUUGGCUAAGAUGUCUGAACUCUUAAAUUUACCAUUUUGUUUUUCUUGAAUAGUCUGUGUACAAGAGUAAAUAAUUAAGUGGUUUAUAAAGAAAUUCUGUUUUUAGUCAAGUGACUUUAAUCAGUUGUUCUACGUGUGAAUAUGGCAUGCUAAUUAAUUAGCUAAUUUGGUAGAAGCUAAUUUACUUCUAAAAAUCAGGUAUAAAGUUCGGAUUAAAUUCCCACUUUAUAAAUUCUGACAUUUAAGCAGGCUUUAAAUGUCACCUGCUAUCUUAGAGGGUGAAGGUGAUGGUAACUGCCACAGCAAAGGCAAUAAUUGAAUUUGAGUAAUAAUUUUACCUCUGUUGUUAAUAGGAUAUGAAGAGGAUGUGGGUACUGCUGUUAAUAAACAGUGAGUACUCUGAUUCAAAA